CUGUACGCACCACGUGGGAAUGCGCGUUGAGUUUCGUCGCACGUCUAUGACGUCAUGACUUUUUAAUAAAGUUUAUCGUUCAGUUUCGAAUCAACACUGCCGAUCAUGGCGACCGUAGACGUGGAAGAUGAAAGUAUAUUGGCGUCGAUCUUCAAAGACAGCUUUCCAGAGAACUGGAGAGAGAAUCCGGACAUCGCGGCGUAUUUAUCGGAGUUGAGCUCGUAUGGUGUGGAUAAAUUAAACCGUGAGCCGGAGCGUCUGUCGGAGGAGAGAGCUCAGAUCCUGCAGCAGACCCGAGAACUGGCCUUCAGUAACUAUAAAACCUUCAUCAGGACAGCUGACUGCACACAACACAUCUACACUGACUUCAGCAGAGUGGAGAACAGUGUGUCUAAACUACUCAACAAACUACCCAGCUUUGGAGAGAAAUGCAGAGGUUUUAUAAAGGAAGCCGAGGAGAUCAGUGUGAGUAGGCGAAUGAACAGCCUGACACUGAAUCGACACACAGAAAUCCUGGAGAUUCUGGAGAUUCCUCAACUGAUGGACACAUGUGUCCGUAACGGUUACUAUGAGGAGGCGCUGGAGCUGGCAGCUUACGUCAAGAGACUGGAGAAAAAACAUUCAUCACUUCCUGUAAUACAGGGAAUUGUGUACGAAGUCCGACUGUCUGCGCAGCUUAUGCUAAACCAACUCCUUCAACAACUGCGCAGCAAUUCACAGCUCCCAGCCUGUCUGCGUGUGAUUGGCUACCUGCGCAGAAUGGACAUUUUCACUGAAGCCGAGCUACGCGUCAAGUUCCUGCAAGCCCGUGGAAGCUGGCUGCGUUCUAUACUCGCUGCGAUCCCCGGUGACGACCCUUACUUCCACAUCACCAAGACUAUCGAAACCUGUCGCGUACAUCUCUUUGACAUCAUCACCCAAUAUCGUGCGAUCUUCUCCGAUGAGGAUCCGUUGCUGCAACCCGGUGGUCAGAUGUUGAAUGAGAGCGCCAUCUUUCACGGCUGGGUCGUGCAACAGGCCGCGCAGUUUAUGGAGACCCUGGAUCGUGACCUUCAGCGUGGGGUGGGAUGUCGCUUGGACUCUCUGCUUGGCCAGUGCAUGUAUUUCGGCCUUUCUUUUAGCCGGGUCGGGGCGGAUUUCCGUGGCCAGCUCGCCCCCAUAUUUCAGCAGGUCGCCAUGGAUACGUUCCGCAAGGCUAUCCAAGAAGCUGGGGAGAAGUUCCAAGAGGAUAUGAACUUGUAUACCCUGAUUUCUUUCCCAUCGAUACUUGGAAGCACCAUUCCACCAGUGGCUCCGAGCACCCAACCAGGAACACUGCAGCCCCCCAUGGCCCUGCUGGACUUCCCACCUCUGGCAUGCUUCCUAAAUAAUGUCCUAACGGCCUUCAAUGACUUAAGACUGUGCUGCCCCAUUGGACUCGCACAGGAAGUUGGCAAAUGUGUUGAGGAAGCCCUUAUUAAGGUGACCAAGCUGAUCCUGGUUUUCCACCGAGCUGAAGAAUCUGCCUUCAGCAGCUGAGAAAGGGAGUUAUUUAUUAAAUUCUGUUUGACGUUUGCUGAGGACAUGGUGCCUUUCCUGAACCAAUGUUUACAAGUUUUGUUUCCUCCAGCCCAGCUUGCUCAUAUACUAGGUGUCCCUCCAAACCAGGUUUAUAAGUUCGGCAGUCUUGGUUGCAUCAAUGUGAACAUGGUUCUGGAGCCACUAGAGUUUGUUCUGCCCAAGAAAGAGCCUAUGACACCAGUUCUGGACCUCUGCACUGAUCUGAGCAGUCUGCUGUCAGCUCAAUCAGAUACCUCGCCUACAAUUGAACCCAAUCCUGCUGAAGAAAAUCUUCCAGAAGAAUCUAUACCAUCUAAACAAGACACGUUUACAGAAGAGCCCGAGUUAACUUUCGAUGCUCCUCCAAAAGAGGACAUUUCAGUAGAAGUGCUCGCUACAGGGCAAAAUGACCCAGUACCAGGGUCUGAAAUGACUUUUGUUGUUGAGGAUUUGUCCGCAACACCUAUUAACAUUGAAGAGACAUUUACAGAAUAAGCCACAGCAGCAAUAUUUAAUCGCUGUCAGUGCAGUGUCUUGUGUUUCAGUCUGAACAAUGUUUCUAGGAGUCCUAAAACACAGAGAAACGUUGUGUUUUGAUAUAACUGAACCAUGUAAACAAACUUAAUCCAGUCUUUAUUAGCAGUUUUAUUUGGUGAAGGUAAAAAUGUAAUAAUAUAUGAAUAUGAUGUAAUUAAACAUGGUUAAUAUUUAA